AUGAGUGCCGCCAGGGUGUCUGAUAAGGAGCUGUUCGAAAUCAAUAAAAAGGCCGUAACUAAGAAUUUUGGCCUGGAACCCCGGUUGAGUUACAACACCGUGAACGCCAUCAACGGGCCCCUUGUUAUUCUUGAUAAGGUAAAAGUUCCUCAGUUCGCAGAAAUUGUGAACCUCACCCUUCCAGAUGGAACAGAACGUACUGGUCAAGUUCUUGAGGUCAAAGGAGACCGGGCGAUUGUGCAGGUUUUCCAAGGUACUUCAGGUAUCGAUGUGAAGAAAACUGUGGUGGAGUUUACAGGAGAGAACCUCAAAAUCCCCGUUUCAGAGGAUAUGCUUGGCCGUGUCUUCAAUGGAAGUGGCACUGCGAUCGAUAGUGGUCCUGCCGUCCUUGCCGAGGACUACCUGGACAUUAACGGGUCGCCCAUCAAUCCUUAUACACGUACCUAUCCCGAAGAAAUGAUUUCAACGGGAAUAUCUACUAUUGAUUGCAUGAAUUCAAUUGCUCGUGGUCAGAAAAUUCCUAUCUUCUCAGCUUCUGGUCUUCCGCACAACGAAAUUGCAGCACAAAUUUGCCGUCAAGCAUCACUUGUUCGUCCUACAAAAGACGUUCAUGACGGACAUGAGGAAAACUUUGCAAUUGUGUUUGCAGCUAUGGGUGCCAAUUUAGAAACUGCGAGAUUUUUCCAACGUGACUUUGAGGCUAGUGGCUCACUUGAACGUACAACACUUUUCUUGAAUUUGGCGAAUGACCCAACGAUUGAGCGUAUUAUUACGCCGCGUUUGGCUUUAACUGCUGCAGAGUAUCUGGCAUAUCAGACUGAGCGCCAUGUUCUGACUAUCCUUACAGAUAUGUCUUCCUACGCCGAUGCUUUACGUGAGGUAUCAGCGGCUAGAGAGGAAGUUCCUGGUCGCCGCGGCUAUCCAGGUUACAUGUAUACAGAUUUGGCGACAAUUUAUGAACGUGCUGGCCGUGUAGAGGGUCGUAAUGGCUCUAUUACUCAAAUUCCAAUUCUUACCAUGCCCAACGAUGAUAUCACGCACCCCAUUCCAGAUCUGACAGGUUAUAUCACAGAGGGACAAAUUUUCGUGGAUCGCCAGUUGCACAAUCGUGAUAUAUAUCCCCCUAUCAACGUUUUGCCCAGUCUCUCACGUCUUAUGAAGGCGGCAAUUGGUGACGGCAUGACUCGCAAGGAUCACUCUGACGUUUCUAACCAGUUGUACGCCAAAUACGCUAUUGGCCGUGACGCGGCGGCUAUGAAAGCAGUUGUCGGAGAAGAAGCGCUCUCAAACGAGGAUAAGCUUUCCUUGGAGUUUUUGGAUAAAUUCGAGAAAGGGUUUGUUUCUCAGGGCAAGUAUGAAGACCGCAGUAUUUUCGAAUCUCUUGACCUUGGCUGGAGCUUGUUAAGAAUCUACCCCAAAGAACUUCUGAAUCGUAUCUCACCUAAAAUUUUAGAUGAGUUCUACGACCGCCGAGCUAGGAAGUCCGAUGAUGACGAUGAAGAUGGUGACGAGGAGGACAUAAAGGAUUCAGCGGAUUAA